CAGCACCACCCAGCUGCUGGUCCACGUUCCACUCCUCAGUGUUGCCAAAAAGGUUAUUACUAACAACAAUAUUUAAGUGUGUUUAUGUCCGUGAAAUUAGUGCUCCGCAAUUGAUUCGAAAUUGAGAAGGAAAAUUACAAUGCUUUGAUCAUUUUUUUUUACCCCUGAAAGUUGUAAAAAGUCGCCAAUAUUAGUACAAUAGUAAUUCUACAAAGUGAGCAACGCUCAAUGUUAUUCAUCUUUUUAGUGAAACAUUCGAGAGUGAAGUAACAUAUGAACAACAUCUGUGAAUGUUUAAUAUUAAGCAGUUCUCUUCAUCUGGACACUGGUGAGUUUUGUUUCCCGCCCACUGGACCCGCCCACUGGCCCCGCCCACUGGCCCCACCCACUCUCCCAGGGACCUCACGACCGCCCACCACCAUGCCAGAGGCCUGGGCACUCUAACAAGGAUGAACUUGUGGUGGGCGUGUGUCAGCAUACUCUUCCUCCUGGCGUGGGCAGUGCAGGCAACGGGCGUGGAGUAUGGGCGUACUGUGGUGUCCACGGGCGUUGAGAGAUACCGGAGGUCACACGCCCACAUCGUCAGCCCCAACGCCCGAGACAAGACGGGGGAGAAAAGUCGUCGCAACAGUGGCAAGUACCGCAGGAGGCGGCCAGAUGUGUGCAAGACGGGGCGCCACAGGUGUGAUCGCCACGCCGUGUGCAAGAGCUUCAAGAGGUUCCACCGGUGCUCCUGCAGGAAGGGCUGGGAGGGCAACGGCCGCAGCUGCAAAGACGUAGAUGAGUGCCGCCUGCGGAACGGUGGGUGUGUGCAUCUGUGCACCAACUCCCCCGGGAACUACACCUGUUCCUGCCACCCAGGGUUCCUGCCGGACCUGCACGACCCCCACAACUGCCAGGAUGUGAACGAGUGCCAACUGGACCAGGGCGGGUGCCAACACACUUGCCUCAACACCCUGGGCUCCUUCUCCUGCGCCUGCCGGGAUGGCUACACCCUCGCCACUGACGGCCGCUCCUGCAUAG